AUGGCACUGAGAAACACACUCCUUCGCCACCUGAGGGUUCCGGUGACGGGAUUCAACCAAUCUCAAAUCGGGUUCCUUGGUUCGAUCUGUGCUUUCUCUUCGCACGAUGAUCAUCUCAGCAAGCAAGAUGUUGUCGAUAGAGUUCUCGAUGUUAUCAAGAGCUUCCCUAAAGUCGAUCCCGCUAAGGUGACACCUGAAGUUCAUUUCCAAAAGGAUUUGGGGUUAGAUAGUUUGGACACGGUGGAGAUAGUGAUGGCUAUUGAAGAGGAGUUCAAGCUUGAGAUUCCAGACAAAGAAGCUGAUAAGAUCGACUCUUGCCCUCUUGCCAUUGAAUACGUUUUUAAUCAUCCUAUGUCUAGCUAA